CUUGCUUCCGACCUCCGGAUCGAAGUGGUGCAUUUGCUCAUUGAAGCGCAGUGCACCAUUCCAAAGCAAGCAUUUGCGGAUGAGGGCGCUAGGGUGGCUUGCAACUUAAGCCUGUCAACGUGUCAGAUUGGGGCGCAAUCUAGGCAGGGCGGAUGCCCGGGCGCUCGUAACGUAGGGGUGCCGCUAAUUAAGCGCAUGAAAGAAGAUCAAAGGCAUACCCCGCCUUUUAAAACCUGCUGAGAAGUCGUAGGGCAGAAAGCAGACACGAUGAAUCUCUUUCGGUUAGCGGGUGACAUGAGUCAUCUCUUCAGCAUUGUACUGAUCUUGCUGAAGAUCUACACCAGCAAAUCGUGUGCUGGUCUGUCCAUGAAAACGCAGGAGCUGUACACCUUAGUCUUUGUCACCCGCUACCUCGACCUCUUCUACAGCUAUGUGUCCCUGUACAACACUGUGAUGAAACUCAUCUUUCUGGCGAGCUCGUUUGGCAUCCUCUGGUACAUGCGGUACCACAAGCAAGUCAAGCAGACCUACGACAGGGAGCAGGACACCUUCCGGCACUACAUUCUCGUCGUCCCUUGUGCAGUACUUGCGCUGAUUGUGAACAACGAGCUGUCGGUCACUGAGGUUCUCUGGACUUUCUCCAUUUACCUGGAAGCUGUGGCGAUUCUCCCUCAGUUGGUGCUCCUGCAAAGGACGAAGAACGUGGACAACCUGACAGGCCAGUACAUCUUCUUCCUUGGUGCAUACCGGGCUCUGUACAUUCUGAACUGGAUCUAUCGGUACUGGACGGAGCCCAAGUAUCGGCAAUAUCUAGUAUGGGCAGCGGGACUGGUUCAAACGGGUCUGUAUGCGGACUUCUUCUAUUACUACUUGAAAAGUUGGCAAGCUGGUGAAAAGUUGCGGCUUCCGGAAUAGUUCGAGAGAUUUACUUGCUUCUACUUUCGAAGCCACUGUCCAGACAUUCUUACGAAUACUCAUCUGGCAUGCCAUCAAAACGUCCUUGACGAAUGAGUGCACCACUUGCAAAUGGGAAGACCCUCGUGGAUAACAAGCUUUGUUCGGUGUAUCAUGGUCAAACACAAAGACAAGCUCGAUUGGUGAGAAGAGCACAUGAAUACAACAGAACGGAGCUUUUGUAAGUUACAUGUUUGGCAUCGCAUCCAAACUAACAGGGUGAGUCGCAUGACCACUUUAAUGUGAUCGCAUCUCCACAUCAAAUGAGAUUGUCAGUCA